AUGGCUUCUACCACCGAUGCCGAUUUCAGCUCGCCCCCACUGGCAUUAAGUUGUACCAUUUGUAGUUUCCCAGCAAAAGACUGUGCACGCUGCAAGUCCGCCGCCUACUGUUCUUCCGAAUGUCAAACCAUGGAUUGGCCUCUUCACAAAACUCUUUGCAAGAAGAUCACCGCAAUGCCUCCCCGUCCAAGUCCCACCCACAAGCUUGGCAUUUUGUUUCCAACCUACAGUAAAAGCCCAGACUUGGUAUGGGUGAACUUCAAGAAGAUCGAAAUUCCUGGUGCCGAAGGGCAGUUUCACCUACCGGAUGUCGAUAGAUUCCUCACUUACGACUCAGGCGAUUCUUUUGAUUCCGAACAACUCCUCAUUAAGCCUCAGAUGACUCAGUCUGCAAGCUCAAUCACGGCUGGCAAGAUGAAGCAUGCUUGGAAAGGACCUCUUAAUAUUGUUGCUACGGAGGGGCAGUCUGUUCCUCAGAGCAGAACUUUGAAGAUAGGGGGAGUUUCUCUUACCGUUGGGGCUGGUGUUGUUUUCCAGAGGAGCGUUGAUAUUACAUUAAGAGAUCUUAGGGUCAUUCAUGAUUACUUCCUAGCUGAUCCUCACGAAUCGGAGAGUAAGCUCACCUUGAAGGAUCAAUUUGGAAACACGGUGAUAUAA